AUGGCGGCUUCUGACGAUCUUACCGACAAAAAUAUUGUUUUUAGAAAUCUCAAAGCAAUAUCUGAGAACAAGGAAUGCUUCGAUUGUAGUGCGAAGAAUCCGACAUGGGCAUCGGUUACAUACGGCAUUUUCCUCUGCAUGGAUUGUGCAGCUACUCAUCGGAGCCUCGGUGUUCAUAUCAGCUUCGUCAGAUCAACGAGUUUAGACUCAUGGAACCCUAAGCAGCUGAGGGCGAUGAUGUUUGGUGGAAACAAGCGCGCUCAGGUGUUUUUCAAGCAACAUGGAUGGACCGAUGGUGGAACAGUGGAGGCUAAGUACACUUCAAGAGCUGCUGAUUUGUAUCGCCAGAUUCUUGCCAAGGAAGCCAUUGCACAAGAUACUAGUAGUGGUCUACCGGAAGCACCUAAUGGGGUCUCUUCUUGUGCUGCCAACGAAACUUCUUCUUCGCCUAAAGCUUCUAAUACCCGGUUAAAAACAACGGCGAAGCUGGCUACUAAGGCAAAAGAAAAUCAUUACGACAAGGAACUGGAUGAAUCCGUUGCUAGAGAAAUUUUAACUUGUAGCAGUGAAAUCAAAUCGUCAACUGGUUCGUCAUAUGGCGACUUGCAAUGUGGAGGACAAAGCGGUGGUGGAAGCCAUGUAGCUCCACCGAAGCCAUCAUCAAGCUUGAGCCCUUGGACAGUUUAUAUUGGAGAAUCGGAUGUAGCAAGAAGGAAGUUCCCAGACGCAAAGUCCAUUUCUUCUGCUCAGUUUUUUGGAUAUGAGGAUAUCUCAAAAACUAGCCAUGAGGAGAAGAAAGAUAUGUGGACGUCAGUGAAGGAGCAGCUCAUUAGGACAAAUAGGGGUUUUGAUGUUCAUCGCGUCCGUAGGGAAGUGACAGAGUUAAUGCAGAAACUGAAUGCCCCAGAAGCUGAUGCCAUCCCUCUUGCCACCCGUCAGGCAUGGGUCAAGAAACUGUAUGACGAGGUCAGCCAAUAUAAUAAUCCCGGGUCAGGCUUCUUCGGUGGUGGCCCCCAAUGCCCCAUUCUAUAUAGUGCCCAAUUGGAUGCGCUCAACUUAUUGCGGCAACUACAUGGCUUACCUCACCAACAGAGAUAA